GUAUAACACAUAAUAAACAUCUCCUUUCAUUUUUCUCACAAUAUUGUUAUUACAAAUGAUCUAUUUACCUUCCAAAAUCAAAAUUUUUCCUGUUUUUCGUAAUCAUAAUCAUGAAUUCAGACCAAUUUGGUCAAGAAAUAAUGUUUUGUUCCUUUCUUCCAGGGGACAUUGUCAUGGACAUUCUCUUUUGUCUUCCAGUUAAGUCACUGUUACGAUUCAAAUCCGUAUCAAAAUCCUUUUGUUCUUUAAUCAAGAACCCUAAUUUUAUCUCCAAACAUAACGCGAAAAUUACACAAGAAACAACAACCAAUCUCCUAAUCAUGGGUCGUCAUCACAAAACUCUUGAAGUCACAUUAUGUUUAAUUAAUUCUCUAACAAAACAUCGCGAUGCCAUUACACCACCUCUACAUUUCGACAUGCCAUUUGGUGAUACUUCUGAAAAAACAAGAAUUGUUGGCUCUUCCAAUGGCUUAGUCUGCUUGAAUUUAAAUAACCAUAAUGGAGUCGCGAUUGUUAUAUGGAAUCCUGCUACUAAGACGUUCAAGCCAGUACCAAGAUCUCCAAAUGUGUCAACCCUAGGUAAACUCACUGUGACUGAUUUAGGGUUUGGUUAUCACCCAGCGAACGAUGACUACAUGAUUGUUAGACUCCUAAACAUUUCUACAUCUAGGAGGAAGUAUGAGGUUGAAGUUUAUACGUUGAGUACAAAUACCUGGAGAAAAUUAGCUCGUGAUGGACAUGUUUUACUAGUGAUACGUCCAUUCUGGAAGCCAAUGGCACCCGGGGUGAUCGUUGUAAAAGGUGUUGCCUAUUGGAUUGGAGUUGAAGUUAGAGAUGAAGAAAUGUGUAGUGUUGUUGUUUCUUUGGAAAUGAAUAGUGAAGAAGUGAAAUUUAUUUUGCCACCAAUUGAACAUCAUGGCAUUGUAAUUGACCUAAGGGAAGCAAUUACCCUAAGACUCUUCAAUUUAAAUGAAUCAUUGGCAUUGAUAUAUUCAACAAAUCUUGAAAAAGUUGAUAUAUGGAUGCAUAAUGGAUUUGAUUUAUGGGUGUUAAAUGAAGAAAAAAGGACUUGGAAUAAAAGGUUUAAAGUUGAACCUAUUGAGGGUUUUUUAUUAGAAGGUGGAUUUUGGGAGAAUUCUAAGGCAAUGCUUGCACAAGAGAGGAAAGAAAUGAGUUUUGAUGAAAAUGGAGAAUAUGUUUAUACAAAAGGUGAGACAAAAUUAUAUUUGUAUGAUGUUGUUGAUGGUGGUUUUGAGAUUAUUGAAAAUCAUGAGCUUCGUGAACCAUUUCAAGGUUAUAGUUAUUUGGAAAGCUUAGUGGAUAUUAAUGGAGGAAUUAAUGUUGCAAAGGAGGUUGAUUUAUCAAAGUUUUUGGAUUUUGAUCCUUUACUUUUUUGAGUACCCAA